UCGAUCUGUGCACGAUAAAGGGCACACUAGUGGUUGGUCAUAAAAACACGUGCCUUCACCCUUCAUACAUUUAGCCCAGGUAGAAAACUGGUUUUGUUGCUGUUUUUCUAAUAACUUUUGGCUAUCAAUUAGCUACGGAUAACUUGCAAAAACAGGGACCGAAAACUGAACUCACAGACUUGUCGCUCGGUAAAGUUGUCUCUGCGAGCGCCCGCUAAGCAUGUUUGUUUACUUGGGGAAUCCGGAAGGGCCUGAGGCUGCCUGCAAAUGCUAACGCGCCCGCUAGCUCCAUUGUGCAACGUUCGUUCAUCUGACAGUGUUGACCUUGCAGCGGGUAAGAUGGCUAAUAUACGUUAUCAAUACAGCAACAGUCGAUUGAACUUUAUGGCUGCAUUAGGGUCCUGAUUGAACACACAUCAUGGCAACUGAGGCUGCAGUCUCCACCUCUGGUCGUCCUGCAAUCCCCAACCACUCUCAGGGGGACUAUCACUUUGUCCGCUCCUUCGUAGCUGGAGGUGUAGCUGGAUGCUGUGCCAAGUCCACCAUCGCUCCCCUGGACAGAGUAAAGAUCCUACUGCAAGCCCAUAGCCCCCACUACAAAGAUCUGGGAGUGGUAGCCACUCUCCGUGCUGUGCCAAAGAAGGAGGGUUACCUGGGGCUGUAUAAAGGCAAUGGGGCUAUGAUGGUCAGGAUAUUCCCCUACGGAGCCAUCCAGUUCAUGGCCUUCGACAAAUACAAGAAGAUCCUCAGUAAACAGCUGGGCAUUUCUGGACACAUCCACAGGCUAAUGGCCGGUUCUAUGGCAGGGAUGACAGCAGUGAUAUGUACGUACCCUCUGGAUGUGAUAAGAGCCCGUCUGGCAUAUCAGGUGAAAGGACACCAUCGCUACACAGGCAUCGGAAAUGCCUUUCAGACGAUAUACCUAAAGGAAGGAGGCAUCCCUGGCUUCUACAAAGGUCUCAUCCCAACCCUUAUAGGCAUGGCUCCAUAUGCAGGGUUCUCGUUCUUUACCUUUGGCACGCUGAAGAGUCUAGGUCUGGCCCACUUCCCAGAGCUACUGGGGCGACCGUCCUCAGACAACCCAGAGGUGAUGGUGCUGAAGACCCAUGUCAAUCUGCUCUGUGGAGGGGUGGCUGGAGCUAUCGCACAGACCAUUUCCUAUCCUCUAGAUGUUGCCAGGAGAAGGAUGCAGUUAGGAGUGGUACUUCCUGAUUCUGACAAAUGUCUUACCCUGACCAAGACUCUGAAGUAUGUGUACAGUCAGUAUGGGAUGAAGAAGGGUCUGUACAGAGGGCUGUCUCUCAACUACAUCCGCUGUGUGCCCUCUCAGGCUGUGGCCUUCACCACCUAUGAGUUCAUGAAGCAAACCCUCCACCUCAACUAGCUGCUCCCUCCCUCCCCAUCCAUCCAACUCCACCCUUCAUCUCUGCAUAGCUGGAUUGGGGCACGUUCACUAAGGCUAAACACUCUGAAACGUUUAGAGCAAAAUAGAGAGACCACUGCUAGAGAUAUUUUGCUAUCUCAAAACAGCCUGACCAAGAGCAAUCACUGGGGCUAUACAUUCUGAAAUGUUUAAGAACUUCCUUAGAAACUCCCUGUAUCUCAACACAACCUGACCAGGGAACUAUAAAUUGGACAACAUUUUUCUGAAUGUCUUUCAGUGCCCUGAAUAUUCCUUAUUAGAUGUGUUAAUUUACCCUAGUUAACCUUUUUCUGUUUUCCGCUUGGAGGUAUUGAACUCUGCUACCAGAGGAGGCCAUUGAGGCUCAGCCACGGGAGCCACGCUAAGCAGAUGAAGGCACUGGGCCCCAUGGCAAUGCCUCAAAACAACUGGCAUUGCCAAUCCAGUGCCCCUGUCUGUUCUCAGCUCCUGCUUUUGUGAUUCUCUCCCUCUUAUGUCGUUUUAAAACCGCCCAACCUGUGGCUGUGGAAAACACCCCGGCAACUAUUGCCAUGGAUACCUAUGGACAAUGACUCCCUCUGCUUCGAUGAGUGGCUAUGUGCAAUGAACCCCUAACAACUGUCAUUGGUAAUGGCAUAGCAACCCAAUUCUGUACACUGCCUCCCACCCUACCUAAUGAGUCACACAGACAUUAACGGAGGGGAAAGUCACACUGGGCAAUCUGCCUUAACAUAAUCGGAGGUCUUCUUUUCCUCAUGUACCUACCUGACACUAGUGAGUACAAACCUAGACACAUAAAAUAAUGAGACAUGGAUUUAAAUGUGUAAUAUGUCAGUUUUUAUAAGAGUUAUAGGACAACUUCUACAUUUUAUGAGAAUUAAGAACACUCUCCCCAAGCUUGUGUUUAACACAGAACUGUGCUUUUUGAACGUCCUGAGUUUAGUAGAAUCCAAAUGAUAAAAUCCUAAAACAUCACAUUCAAUUUGUUCAAAACUGAACCUCAAAUUGUAUUAUUUUGAUGGUCUCCAAAAAGUCUUAUUGUCGGACAUUGAAACAGGUUUGCCCCAUGCAGUUGAACAGAUAUAACAGGUGUGUAUCUGUAGGAGUGUUGUCUUUGGUAUUGACGUGUGUGUGUUUAUGUCCAUUCAGGGUUUAGUGUGUAGUAAGUCUCUUCUCUACUGUGCAGGUUUGGGGUCCAAUGCCUUGUUGUAUACAAGUUGCUAUUUAUGUAUUGUGUUCCUAUCCACAAAGCCUCUGUGUACUUUGCCAAUCUUUUACCUGUAUAACCAACAGAUCUAUAUAGAUAGAUAUCUAUCUAUAUAUCUAAAUGCAACAGAGACAUAGGACACAGUGUCUGAAAUGCCAACCUAUUCCCUAUAUAGGCUCUGGCCUAAAGUAGUGCACUAUAUAGGGAAAAGGGUGUCAUCUUGGACAUAACCAUGGCUGCUAGUCAGUUUUUACUUUAACCAGGCCAGCUUGUCAUUGGCUAUGACGUGACAAUGUUGGCUAACGUUGGGUACAAGGCAGUGGUGUAGCGUGCAGAAACAGUCAUGUUCUCGGGCUAAUGAUGCUGUGUACCUACCUGAAGAGGGUAUCUGUUGAGGAAAGAGUCUAGCAGGGUUGCAAAAUCCAACUUUCCCAGAAAUUCCAGUUGGAUGAUUUUGAUAUUGUUCCUGUGAGAUGACAAUGAACUGAGGUAGGCUAUGGACUGACAGUGGUGGUUUUAACGUGUUGUGUUUUCUUUACCUCUUGCCUACAUUUCCCUGAGUUCAGGUGUGUGUCGCAGGGUGUAGAAAGCAUUUGUCAGCUACUGAUCAAGAUCUAGACACUAGUAUUAAAAUAUGUGCUAUAUAAUGUAUCCUAUGUAAGAGUUGCUAUGAAGUUUAAGCACCCAAAUGGAAACCUGAGUUAAGUACUUCAAAGGGGGGGGGGGGGACUAUCACUUCGGAGCCUUUGGCUUUUUUGUGUUUAUUCAUGAAAGUGUAGUGUGACUGCCACCUUGUGGCCACAUGAGUCAGUAAUACGUUUACCGACAACGAUCAUCUGUAGCCUGCCUUGCAUGUAACUGGACAUUACCAUGCUGAAGCCUUCAUAACCACUACUACAGCGACGUAUGUCUUCUGAUCUGUCCAUGUAUCAUCAUGACUUUGGAUAUGUCAUUUUCCUCUUGGUUUGAAUGUACAUUGUGCAGCAUCUCUGUUCUGUACCCGUAUUCAUGAAGUGUCAGUUUUGCCUUUCCGAUCAUAAUGAAUAAGAGGGGGAUCUGAUGUCAGUAAUAGUGCUUCGUGACAAUAUGCUCUGUUCUUCUUGUUUAGCAAAAUGCUGUAAGGAAGUGAUAAGAAUUAUAAUGCACAUCUCUCUGG